AUGGAGGCGGCGGAGCUGCCGGACGUGCCGGAGGAUCCGACCAUCACGCUUGUCCGGAAGAUCAGCUUGGAGACGUGGCAGAAUCGCCAUGUCAAAGCGAAGGGCGCAAAGGAGGAGAAGAUGAGGAAGCAUCUGGCCGCCGGUGGGCCUGGUGGUGGCGAUGGUCCGGGCCGACGAGGUGGACUGGGCAGUCGGCGAGGCUGUGGUGGACGCCGCCAGACGGCCGCGCCCAUAGUGCUAACGGCGCCGUGGCCAGAGCCUUACAAGUAUCCAUACUACUACGCCGCCAAUUCGGAGGGCGCCAAGAUGUGA